GUCCCUCCGGCGCGUGGUCUGAGGGAGAUGACUGGAAAAGCGACGGCCCUGCACUAGGUCGCCUCCCUACAAGGAUGGCUUGUCUUUUUCUAAAAAGACUAGCACUACAAACUGCGAAGACUGAAGGUACUUGCAUUAGAUGUUUUGGUAAAUAUCUCAUCCAAAAUACUGCACUCACACAGUUGUCCCUUGUUGCUUCCACCCCGAGACUGUGCUCUUUAAUCCAUGCCAAAACUUUCAGUACUGUGGAAGAUCCCGAGAGGGAAAGAACCAAGGAAAAAGCCUUUGGUAGCAUUGGCAGAAAAAUUCAUGAACGAAUUAUUCAUGUCAUCGAUGAGAAGGGCAAUGAUUUGGGGAACAUGCACCGAGCAGAUGUGAUUCGACUCUUAAAUGAACGAGACCUGAAGCUGGUAAAGAGGAACAUGGGCACGCAGCCUCCAGAGUACCAGCUCAUGACUGGAAUUCAGAUCCAAGAAGAACGACUGCGACUGCGAGAGAUGGAAAAGGCGAAACCAAAAACUGGAGCUACACUAACAAAAGAACUGACUUUCUCUUCAAAUAUUGGACAACAUGAUUUGGAUACAAAGACUAAACAGAUUCAGCAGUGGAUAGAGAAAAAAUACAAAGUUCAAAUUACUAUAAAGAAAGCAAAGAAGGCAGAAGAGCCAGAAAAUAAAAUGGAGGAGACCUGUAAUCAGCUCCUCCAGGCUCUGCCUGGCAUAGCUACCUUCGCAUCCCGGCCCCAGCCUGUCAAAGGAGGAAGUGCAGUCAUGUGUGUUCUCCGUCCACUGAGUAAGAAGGAGGAGAAGGCCUACAGAGACACGCAAGGCAUCCAGACUGAAGACCCUUUAAACAAGGACCAUGGAAAGGAUCACAAAGCAGAUGUUCUACAUCAGUGAUUUUAAUAUUAAAGACAAAUGUGUUCAGAGAAAA